AUGUCAGUCUCUUCUGAAGUUGAACCUAGAAAGCGUGGCCGGGGGAGUUGGGCUCAUGGGAAAGCCAGAGAGUUCCUUCUCGCUCACCGAGAUCAGUUCUGGGCUAGCGAGGGUAAUAAGGCUGAACGUGGCACUUUCUACGAUCGUGUUACAAAUCUCUGGUUCCAGAAUUUUGGACCUAAUCAACCGUACAACGAAGCGCCUCCGGAUGAUAUUGAACUGUCUUAUGUUUUGAAACCUGGCGUUGUUAGACCAAGAGGCUCGGGGGAGUAUACCAGGCAUUGGGUGGCUAUGCGAGAUCGUCUUGGAGCAUGGAUGCGGAAUAAUUUGGCCUAUGGCGCUGAAGGGCAACAAAUGACAAACGCCGCCACAUCUGUCGCGCAAGACGGUGCCACUUCUGUCGAACAGGAAUCUUCCUCGGGUAACUGGGUCGGGGGACUUCUUACUUUCUACAAGCAGCAUCACUUUGAACGAAUCAAGGAUACAUACAAUCGCAAGUGGAGUCAAGCUCUGGCUGAUUUCGAUGACAGCAUGGCCUCCGGUGGUGCACCUCAGCUGCCCAAACCCUCAAAUUUCCAUGCCAUGAAUGCCGCUGUCCCAGAGUGCUUCGAUAACGAACCUGCGGAAUUCAAGGAGGAGGUGACCAAAGCACACGCUGCGGCUGUUGCGGCGAAGGAGAAAAGGAAGGAGGUGGAGAAGGAGAUCGCCCAAGGCCUACGCAGGAAGGCAAGGAGAGAGAAAACGAGAGCAAAGGAGAAGGCAAGGGCAAGGGCAAAGGAACUUGAGGUAAUAGAAAGGACUCCGGAGGAGUACCAGAAAGAAAUCGACGGCAUAUGCAAUGAGUUACAGUUUACACUCGACAAAAUCUAUGCGAAGGCGGGGCUGUGCGCCACCAUCACUCUUGCCGGCCCAUGGCCCUCAAAAAAUGGUCAAAUCCAAUAUUUGACACUUCAAAAUAACAACGGCCAUGGUGGAGUAGGUCGUCGAUGGGACGAAGUUGAUCAAGCGGGGUGGAAAGCGGCUGCUACAUCGUUUGUGGCUACAAUAAGCCCACUUUACAGUCCUGAGAUUUGCAAUCGCCGCGCACUUAAAAGCAGUGUGGCCUCGCAGCUCAAGCCUGAACAGACCUGGGCCACCCAAACUGACUCACAUAUACGCGAGCCUGGUCCUAGCACAGCACAAUCAGACAUGAUUAAGGCUCUGUCCACGCCACUCCUCGAACUAGAUAUCACUCCAUCGACAACUUCCACAUGGCGCCACACACAACGAGAUCGGUCGACGCUGUCACAGAAGCCGGAUGCAUCCAGUUCAUCACUGAACUCGGAUCUUUCUUCCUCACAUACACUGAACACGCCCCCGGCAUUCGACCCCAUAUCUUCUCAGUGCAUAGCCAAUCCCACGGUCGCCACCAUGACCAAACCGACCUCCAUGCUCGCCACCUUCACUAAACCGUCAAGUUCCGUCACGAGGAACUGCUCUGUGCUCCAAACCGUUCAUGGUGAUCCUGCGGACCUGGGUGUGUCAAAUUUGCCUUCUGACUUGAGUCUGUCUGAGUCAGGCACUACGGACACUCCCUCGUCGACCGCUUCCUAUCCCACUCAGCUCACAGCCAGCCCCAUAAUCGCCACUCCAAACGAUCCAGCCUCCGUAAUCGCCACUCCAAACGAUCCUGCCUCCGUCCUCGCCAACUCCUUCACCGUACCUUCGAGCUCUGCCACACAGGACCUCCCUCCAAUCCAAGCCAUUUACGGCGAUGAUAUGGCUGUCGCCAGUGACCCAUUCUCCGACAAGAGCAUUGUUGAUCCAUUCCUCAGUGCUCCCGGAAUGCUCGAGCCUCCAAGCAACCUGUUUGGUGCUGGAUUCGUAUGGCCUGGCCUGGUUGCAAAUAUGGGACUGGACGCCUCCUACCUCUUUGACGGUGAUGUCCCACUAGUAGGGGUUGGCUCGCCAGAAUCAAGGCUGGAUCAGUUCCCGCAUACAUCCUCUGACUUUGACGAACUCAUGGACGCAUCGGGUUUCUCUUUGGGCAUGCGGACUCGGGCAACGAACAACUUCUAUAUCCCCGAUGUUCUCAAUUGCCGAUCAGAGUGGACGGAAUUAAACAGCCAUGCGUACCCCAGCACGCCCAUAGAAGGAGAUGAUGCACGUAAAGAUGAGGAGAACGGGGAUGUAGAUGAGGAGGAAGACGGCGAUGGCGACGGAGAAGGGGAAGAGGAAGAGAAGGAAGAAUUGGAGGUAUCGGAGAGCGUUGCGUACAGUAGGAAACGGAAAAGUUGUGAUACAAUAUCCACUUAUCCGGCUUUUGAGAAACGGCUGUGCCACAGGUGCCGUUGCUUUGUGGCCCUACAAAUUGACAAGCCUCGAGCAUCUUUUCUUGGAGAUAUGCAAAUGUUCCUCGUCAUGCAAUUUUCUUCCUAUAUUAGGUGUAUCAGAGCAGUGUGGCAACACACACUGGGCCUUCCUCACGUCCUUUCCUUCACAUUUCUAGUUGAUCAGGUCUUGCCUCACAUAUCGUACAUGGAUACGAUUAGUCCCCCAUGUAUCCAACAUUCUUACAUCAAGCCAGUCCAUCAGCAGUACUAUCGUGUGUCCUUGAGCAUUUGUUUCUAUUCCGAUGGCCCUGCUGAACCUCGUAUUAAUCACCGCUUCUGGCACUUUCGACCAGCCCGCCGUCCUCCAAGCCUGCAAGAGCUCAAUAUCGUGAACAUCCAAAUUGCAGACGCGUUGCUCGCUGAAGUAGACGCGACGAUAUUACAAACGCGCUAUUUUUACUGCCAGGUUUUUUUCGGCCAGACUCAAACCCGUGCUUGGAGUUCUGCUUACAUCCUUCUGAUGGCGGAUUCUGAACGACGCUACCGCACUCGCUCACUAAGCCGGGCGGAAUCACAACCUCGCAGUCCUUCUCGUGGUGACCAGAACGGUACCCUUCAACCUACGACUCGGAACACCAAUUACAGCCAGGCCAUGGGUCAAAGUGAUGACUUAUUCUUGAAUGCUCAUACAACAGGCACUCGUCUCGCAUCUCUUCGCUCCUUCUCUGCCAUUCCGGAAUCACCCUCUCAGGAUCUAGGCUUUCCGCCUCUGGAACCGGAGUCUCCGACAGAUAUUGUCUUGGAAAAUCGCCAAAAACGCCAAAACGCAAACCGCCUCAAGCAGCAGCCUGUUCUUUCUCAUCUUGAUGACUCUGCUCACCAGACAAAUCUCCUUCCGAUACGUUUCGCUCAACUUCCAGCCAAGUCCUCUCAGAGUUCCAGCACUGGUUUCACAACAAAUGUGCCGCAUACCCUUGUACCACACGUCGAGGGAGACAACAAGCACCUUCCACCAAUUACUUCCAGCCAGCUUCCAGAAAAUGGCGGCGAUAUGCCACAUCGACGACACUAUGUCUCAAAAGUCCCCGAACACUCUCCAAUAUUUGAGGACCCACACCAGGAAUAUGAAUCGCUUGGCUCGCCAGCUGAAGGCCCAUCAGUUCAUAACCCGACAAAUGCCAUCGAACCUCAUCCACUUCGAGUACAUGAUAUUAGAGACGACAGUACCGUGAAAGAAGCGACCCAUAGCUCAAACAAGUCACUCGGCGAACACCAAGUAGGGAGAUCCACUGGUCACGAGAACGACAAGGAUAACGAGGCAAACCGGUCUGACAGUGGUAGUGAUAGAGAUGACAGCUCAGAAGAUGACAGUGACAGCAUACUACAUGUUGCCCGCACAACGACCGGUCGCGUCUCUCAUGCAACCUCUGCCAUUUUGAGCCAGGGCUUUGCGCAAAUCGAUGAACUAUUCGGUGAUCUUGAGCAGCAAUCUAAAAUGUCUGCUCAGCGACUGCUUCGGCACUACAACAACCACCGGAAUUUGAAUGGAGGUGCUCGUGCCACAAAUCACUGGAAUCUUUAUCAACCAUACUUUCGGCAACAUCAGGAUGAGGAACGUGCUCAAUUGGAAAGUGAUGAACUCCAAGGGUGCACAGAGGCCCAAAUUGUGAAAUAUUGUUACGACAAGUUUCAGAAACGUUAUUCACGAAACGACGCAUGGAAAAUAAUACUCGAGCGGUGGGAGGAGUUUGAGGAGGCCGCUGAUCAGGGUGUUACAAGUAUAGCUGACAGGACUCGCCUCUUUAAUAAGUCUGUGUCGAGCAUGGAGGAAAUCGCUAAUCGUGAAUCAAGCUUGAAUAAAUUUGAAUACUUGAUACUUGCGUGCGGUGCGCUUGUUAACAGUGAUGGAAGUCUGGUACGGGUCUCUGGCACACCACUCACGCACGGGUUCCUACAGAAACUUCUUUUGCCCGGAAUUGAUGUUGAUGAGCUACAGGGGCACUUUAAGACCCAUGUUUAUGAGCAAAAUAGGGUCGAGCGUCUCAAGUUUUUGAACUCACAGGUCGCAGUCAUGAACGCUGUUCCUCUCGCAUCCACUUCAGCCGUCUUACGCCUGCUUCCUGACGUCAAAUCGGACAACCUCAACGUCGACAACAAGCCUAUUCCUUCGAGCGAGGCUAUCGUCGCUGAUCAGGCAGAGGCAUACGAUAGCACUGCUGACAGAAUCAGAGACUGGGUGCGCCGUCAGAUGAGUGCCGCCGGUGUCAAUCCAAAAUCGCUCAAAAAGUUGGCAUGGAGAAAGCUUCCCUCUGAAUUUGGUUCCAAUGGUCUAUACUGGAAGAACUACCCGGAAGACGUACGAUUUCCGCCUGAAGUAGCUGCUGGCAGAGGCAUCUCAGCGUUGACAAAGAGAGAGAUGGAGGUACUGUGUAUGCAGAUGAAUGACCCGACUCAUCCUAUGGCUAUACUGAAAGAUACAGCCCGAAACGGUGUUAGAGGCCAUCUUUCAGAGGAAAUGGUCGUCAUCGAAGGCGUGCCCCCUGAUUCGGAGUCCAAGCUUGCCUUUGGUCGAGUGCUCUAUAGAACUGGCAAAUCUGCACGGAAAGGAUUGCCUCGUCUGCAGCCUAACCCUCCGGAUCAAUCGAGGGAAUCUAUGGACAAUACCGGGCCAGAUCUUGCAGAAGGGUCAGGCGGUCCCGCCACUACGGACGACUCACCAGCUGGUGAUCAGAUGCAAACUAAGGGGAAAGAAACCGAGGUCGUAUCAACACAAGGGCUGAGCGUAGACAAUGACGCACAGUCCAACCCGAAGCGUCCUCGAUCUCCUAGCCAGCAGGAGCACCUCUCUGAGCCUCCCACAAAGAUACCGCGACAAGAUUCUUCUCAAAGUGUCGCACGAUCAUCCCAUAUUGCCAAACCAGACACCACCUCCCAUAAAAGUUCGACAUCCCGCAGCAAGACACUCAAAUUCUCCGUAGCGUUACCCUCUCAGCCUCAUCCGGAGGCAACUGGUGGUGCGGGCAGCGAGAAAGCACAGUGGCGUAUGACCGAGAUGACAGAUGAACGCAUAGACUCUCCCCCGGGUGUAACGGAAACAACUCGUGUUCAUACCGUUGUCGAGCCCAAAAAUGCAGUGUCCGCUCAGCCCACAUCACCAUCCCACCCGCACACCAAUGUAACUUCUGACCAGCCCCAUUCUCGACCCCGUCCACGACCUAUCCACAAGGGUUCAAAUCGGACAGAACUGUUAAAGCGUAACGAAGAGCAUCAAGGGACUUCAAAUAACGAUGGCAGCAUCAUUGACGGACCUAGUAUGCAACAUUUGGUUACAUCGCUGAUGACAGAUGAGAUACCAAAGAGCGACAUCCCAAUCCUCCCGCCCUCAAAUUCCUCAGGCAUGAGAGAUGAGCGUGGCGAACUCUUUCCAGAGAACGGGGUAAUACGUCAACACAACAAACUUCAUACCCCACAGCCCCAGGUCUUGACCUUUCCAGCCUCAACAUUAGCAUCGACUACACGCCCUACCUCGUCAAUGUCAUUUGACCCUUCAACUGCAGCCUCUCAUAACUCGUCUUCUCGUUCACGUGGGCCUUCUCGCCCUCCAUCUAUUCGCCCUCCAUCAGCCCGGGGAUCUUUUACACAUCCUACAUUUCCGCACCUAUCGUUCAUGCCUGGGCCACAUAGACAAGGCAGUGCAUCGACAUAUCAUCAUCCUACUGUUGGACCUACACUGCCACCUAUAUCGGAAAUGACCGAUUUUUCUGCGGACUGGUACACCUCACCACGAAAUUUGGACGGCCCGGCCACUCAAGGCGUACACCAUACUAUGUUUCCAGGUAUUCAAAGUGCCCGUGGCCAGGAUAAUUACCACUCUGAGAUGGGCCACACUCCUCACUACCUUAGCGCUGAACGAGCACCCUCCACAGCGCCUUUCGAUCACCAUUCACAUCCCAUACUCAGACAUGGAAACCAGAACGUCGGAGGUUAUUAUCGCCCGCAGACCGGCUUUUCAAUGCAUCACGGCCCUUAUUCCGACCAUACCGAUUCUGUGCACAUGCGUACCGAUGUCGACAUGCAUAUGAACCAGUUCGUCCCAUCCAUGAUGAACAUGCACCACAACAAUAUCCAUACGUUCGACAUGUCAAAUGUCCUCAGCGAAGAGUCCAUGAGCACUGCUGGCCAUGGGUAUUUCUCAGCGGAUGACGGUGCUGGUCCGGGUGGCGAUACCGGCGUAGCAGGCCCUGGGCCAUCCACAAUGAGUCACUUACAUCAAGAGACUCGUUUACGCCAGGCUGACCCUGUGAUCUCAAUCCCUUCGACCCUCGGAGAGGUCUAUGAUCAUGGGCCACAAGAACGCCUGGAUGGCUCAUCUACAUCCAUGAGUUGGAAUAAUGAAUCAUUGUACGAGACCCCUAUUGCGGUGAUGGUGAUUCGUAUCUUUGAACUGCACGAUUCCCCAGCACUACAAAAUGGCAUUUGGCCUGUAUAUCCCAUGCCACGGCUGGCAAAUUUAUAUGCUCACCAAAAGACGUCAAGAUCUUGA